GAUGUGCCGAUAGGACCACCCAAGGCGGCGCACAGCGGCAGCCUGCCUGGUUGAGGCCUACCGAGCCAGCCGUGGCUUGGUGCACCGCUAGCCCAAAUCCCCUCAGCCGCCGCCACAAAUUGCCAAUGAUGUGUAACCAAUAGUGCCGCCGCUCGGUCCUGGGGCUGCCUGCCAGGGUGCCUGUCUAGAGCUGAGAUGGAGGAGAAACAGUCACACCGGACGAACGCGCAGAGGAGGGGAAGCUGGACCAAGAAGUAAAAAGUAUAUCAUCAGCCGCCCUGGCAGUGUACUUGGCUGUUGUCUGUAGUCCUCCUGAGCAGUGGCAGCAACACAUCUAAGCCAGGCCUGAACCACCACAGCCCCCCGACCCCGUGCAACCGCAAGCUUUGGGAAAGGCAACCACCAAGAUGCUUGACCGGGAGCAGAUAUCCGAAACGGCCUGGAAAUGGCGCUGCAAGAUCAAGCAGUCCGUCACGCGCGGCGAGAAAACCGCCUCCGACUUUUCGGCGGAUGACAGCUCAAUCGAGCCUGCCAAAGCUGGGCGGCCAGGCGGCUUGUCCACGACAGCCGGUCCUACUAAGGACCCCAUCCUGGGAUCUAGCCCAUCCGUGAAGAUGCUGUACGAGGGACGCUCGUGUGGGGAUGACUAUGUGGACUGGGUUGACUAUCCACCCAAACAGUUGAGCAAGACUGCGGCGCGCGCGCAGGAUCGCGUGGCUAUCAGGCUCUACAAGGUCAAGGACAAGGACAAGCCCGUCAUCUCGGGCCGCUUUGCUCUCAAGUAUCACAAAAUCGAUAUCCAGAAUCCGGCUAUGGUGGCCGCCCUCGAGCCCAUCCUGAAACAGGAGGAGUGCCACCUGGAUGUGAACGAAACUGCAACCUUCACCGAGCCCUUUCGCCCGCUCUACUUCUGCCAGGAUCAGAUCGUGGCCAAGUACCGAAGCCUCGCUGAUGGCGAUGCUCUCAAGCCCUUUAUGCACCUGCUCGUCAGGGUCCUGGAUGACGUCUUCUCCGACCUCAAAGCCAAGACAGCGGCUCUCAAGGAGAAGGGCCUCAUCUCUUUCAAAACCGCCUGGACAUUCUUCCCCCGGGACUCCGUCGUCAUAUCGUACGCCCGGAACUGCGAGAUGCUAUGCAAGGUCGUCGACACAGCGGUCCAGAAGGACAUGUGUGGCACAUCGCUGGCUAUUCGCUGCAAAGUGAUGCGCUUCAACGGCGAGGCCUUUCUCUGGGACGAUCACAAUGUUAAGAUUCCCGCGUUUGCCGGAAAUCUGCCCAUUCCCGAGCUGCCUCACUACCCCCUUCACUUCCAUCCGGAUGCCGACCAAGUCAAAUCUCGCAUGGUCUCUAGGGGUGCAAAGGUCUUGGAUUACCAAGGACUUACGUACUGCUGCUACACGGGUCUCGCUAUCCGCCAGGCAGAGAGCAAGAACCCGGCUGAGAAGGACUGCAUCGAGAAACACAAUGUCGACGGUCGGAUUCUCAUCGACGUGCUCGGCUACAAGAAGCAUCAUCUUGCGCAGGGCGUCCGAGAAGACAAGGACCCUCACACGACGAAGAAUACGGUUCAGGGAACUGGCCGGACUGGAGCCGCUCCUGGGAAGCAAGCGGCGAACACGAACGCGCCUGCCCCCGCGAAGCGGCUAACGGAGGAGGAGCAAGCAAAAAACAGACAGGCAAUGCUCCACGACGAGAACAGACUGAUGUUCAUGUACCCGCUGAUGGAAGGCUAUGCGCUCAAGAACAAGCUCUGGAUGAGCUUCUACAUUGAGGAGAUCAGGCCCAUGGUCUGGAACGACGAGGCCUACGAGCAUCUGGUUUACGACGAGCAGCAGAAGGACCUCGUACUCUCGUUUGUCGAGAACCACACCCAGAACAACCGCCACAAGGAGCUCGACGUCAUCAUGGGCAAAGGCCAGGGCUUGAUAAUUCUCUUGUCGGGCCCUCCGGGCACAGGCAAGACGCUGACGGCAGAGGCGGUCGCCGACAAAACUCACAGGCCGUUGUUCUACCUCCAGGCCGAAGACCUUGGCAUCAACGCUGCAGCUCUGGGUGCCAACAUCAAGACCAUUUUCGAAAUGGCCACCGAGUGGGACGCCGUCAUCCUUCUGGACGAGGCCGACGUCUUCAUGGCCGAGCGGCACCCACAGGACAUUGCCCGCAAUGAACUUGUCAGCAUAUUCCUGCGCGAGCUCGAGUACUUCAAGGGCAUCAUCUUCCUCACGACCAACCUUUACGACACCAUCGACAGCGCCUUCAGGAGCCGCGUCUCGCUGCAUCUCCUGUUCAAGUCGCUCAACACGGAGGCGCGUUUGAUAGUGUGGCAAAAGUUCCUGGGACGGCUUCCCAAGGCCGAAUCGAGAGCUCUGGCAUCCAGCGGCGAAGAGAAAAGCCCUAGCGGCAAGGGCAAGGGCGCUGCAGCGCCCGAUGGCGCCGCGGCCAGCGAGGGCGAUAGCGGGGAUGUGCAGGAGCUCACGCAAGAAGACAUCAAGGAGCUGGCUGGCUGGCAGCUCAACGGGCGCGAAAUCAAGAAUGCAGUACGCAUGGUACAGUCGUGGUGCACACACAAGGGCUACAACCUCACGCUGGACCGCCUGGAAAGCGGCAUAAAGGUUACAUCGCCGCACGCGAACAAGGAUACCAAGCAUGAUACGAGUCUCUAUGAUGAGUGAUCAAGGGAUGUCGGGGGAAGGCUACUUGGUGGAACAGGGCAAGUAAGACAGCAUAACCAAAUAACAUGCGAAAAACAAUCAGAACAGAAAGACUUUUACGCGGCCAUUGGCCGAAAGGCAUCAUGGUGCUGUGGUAUUUUGCCAUGUUGAGCCAUCCUUGGCAGUUCCCUGUUAGAGCGGGGAAGGCAUGCAGACAGGUUGCGUCGACGCUAGGCCUUUCUCGCCCUUUUCGAUGCGCCCAGCCGCGCCGAUUGGCCCUUUACCCGCUCACCCCCGCCUGCCUCUCAGCCGGCGAGAGCGCCUGAACUGCCAUCGAUGUUACAUGAGAUACCUUACGGGCGGGGGUGGGCUAGAGGGCAUGUGCUAUCAUCGCCUUGUCUUUUUCCCCGUCUUGGCUGGCCGGACAGGGAUGUGGAAACCCGGCCAGACCGGCGGAGUUCCUUGGCGGACCUAUAUAACUAGGACGAGAGCAUCAUAAAGGAAAUAUUGAGACUUUGGCUGUACCCGCUGUCCUGCACGCAAUAUACACCCUUUGGAUCAAAAGAACCAGCCUCGACACUGCCCUGGAUCUGUAGU